UACUUUCUGGAUUGCACUCUUGUUUUCUACCAAUAUCUCCAUUGGGCAAGAAAUCAAAAAUAAAAGGAUAUUUUGCUACGAGACAUGAGUUCCAAUAUCAAACUAUAAAAAGAAAAAGAUUUCUCCUUUCUUAUCUUGUUCAAACUUCAUUCUUCUUUAAAUUGAAACAAUUGGGAUUAAUUAGCAGCGUGUUUGCGUCUAUGGAUAAAGAUGGUUCGUUCGAUUUUGAUAAAGGUGAUAACAGAUCGCAAACAAGUACAGUAUUCCUAAAAUGAUGCACAAAAAAUGUAAGUUGCCCUGUCGUAACAAAAAAGAAGCAUUAAAAGAACGAACUGACACCUCGUUAAGCAAAAGUUAAUAUGCUGAAUCAGCAAAUUGCGGAAUACCGUGAUAAAUUGAAAUUUUCGCUUAACGACGUUUACCACAAGUGUAGUGAGCAUCCAUGCGAUGGUGUAAGCAGAAGAUGAAAUGUUGCAAUCGUGAUAUAUGUUGUCUCGUUAAAGAUCGAAAUAUUUUUUUUCAAGGGUUUAAAAAGCCACUAUAUCCCCUUUCAAAAAAAUUUGAAUUCUUCACAUAUUCAAUUAAGGCAUUAUUCUCAUGAUGGGAAGUAUGUUUCGGUUGAUUAGCAAGCGGCUGGGGCCCAGUAGAUUGGUUUUUCGCCGGUUUCAAAGCUCCAACCCUCAAAUGUCAUUUCCUUGCGUUGACCAAGCACAGGAACGCAAUCGCAGAUACGCAGAAAGCAUUCAGCAGCAUCAAUGUUCUGGCAACGAGGAUCCAAGUGUAUGCGUUACUUCUCCUUCACUUGCUUCAGGUCCUGAGCCUAUCUACGGAAAAAUUGUAUCCGGAUUUAAGAAGUUUAAGUAUGAUAAAGUAUUCCUUUGUGAUCACGGCGGUAUUUUGCCUAAAUUCGAAUUGGCUUACGAAACUUGGGGAACGUUGAACAAAGACCGCUCGAAUGCCAUUCUUUUACAUACAGGUCUUUCUGCCUCUUCACAUGCUCGUUCUCAUCCAGAUAACCCACAACCUGGUUGGUGGGAACAAUUUAUUGGACCAGGAAAAGAUUUAGAUACCAACAAGUUCUAUGUUAUCUGUUGUAACAUUUUAGGUAGCUGUUACGGUAGCACUGGACCUUCUUCCAUCGACCCUGGUGACGGAAAACAUUAUGCAACCCGUUUUCCGAUCGUUACUGUAAACGAUAUGGUUCGUACCCAAAUUUUGUUAUUGGACCACUUAAAAAUCGAUAAACUCCAUGCUAGCAUUGGUAGCUCUUUGGGUGGUAUGCAAUCUUUAGCAUUUGGUGCUCUUGCACCUAACAGAACUGCUCGUAUCGCUAGUAUCUCUGGUGGUGCUAGAUCUCAUCCUUAUUCAAUCGCACUCCGUUUUACUCAGCGCCAAAUAUUAAUGAAUGACCCUCAGUGGAACCGAGGUUUUUAUUAUGAUGGCAUUCCUCCUCACACAGGUAUGAAACUUGCUCGGGAAGUUGCUACCAUUUCCUAUCGUUCCGGACCAGAGUGGGAACAACGCUUUUCCACUCAACGCGCCAACCCUGCUGUACCACCUGCCCUAUGCCCUGAUUUUUUAAUAGAGACGUAUUUAGAUCAUGCCGGAGAAAAGUUCUGUCUUCAAUAUGACGCCAAUUCCCUUUUGUAUAUUUCCAAGGCUAUGGAUAUGCAUGACAUGACUGCUUCAAAUCAGAAGAUUCUUGCUGAAAACAGAAAGAAAAAUCAACACAAACUAGAAAAGUAUUUGGCUGAGCAUCCCGACGUCUCACAAAAAGAUGUGAUAAAAGCGAAUUCGAACAUUGCCGUCCUGCCCGAUACCCCAAUAGAAGAAAUAUCCAAUGAAGAUAGGGCUCCCGAACCUGAUAUUGAUUCAGACUUAACUGCAGGUUUAAUUCCUCUACGAAAUAUUCCAACCAUGAUAAUGGGUGUUGAGAGUGAUAAUCUGAUGCCUGUCGCUUGCCAGCGUGAAACCGCUCGCUGUUUGAAGAAGGCCGGAAAUGAGAAAGUCAUAUACCAUGAAUUGAAUGCUGACGAAAGUUACUAUGGCCACGAUACGUUUUUGAUUUACCGUAAAGACUUUGACUUGGUCGGAAGCAAGCUGAAGAACUUUCUUGAAAAGAGCUAAAGUUUAUAUUCCUUGACAGAAGAAAAUAAUUACGGACAUGAUUGAUAUGGUAUUUAUUUCGCAUUACGAAAACCAGUUUGCGUGCUCUUAUUCCAUACGAUUGUUGGGACUUUUAUUAAUUAAUUGGAUAUGUUUGUAUGGGUUUCCGUAGAACUUCCUUCCUAAAAGAGGUUUUGGGUUUCGUUAUGAGUUACUAUGCUUGAGCGGACUUUUCUUGGUUCUAUUCAUGUACGUUUUCUUCACGGAAAAGCGAAUAAUUAUACGAAAAAAUCCUGAUAUCGAUCAUGGAAUAUUUAAUAGAAAAAAAAAGUAUAUAUACUAAAAGAUUAUAUAGAUGGAAUAUACGGCGUGUUUAAUUAAGGAUUAAGGAUAAUAAAUAGGCCAUAAUUUUAGCAAUGGGAACCAUAUUUAAGAACCACA